AUGCAUUCUCAAAACCAGUGUGCCACCAUUAAGUGGCAAGCAACUCUUAACUAUUUUGUUAAAAUUAACUUUGAUGGAUCAGUCAAAACUAACUAUGCUAUUUGUGGCUUUAUGCUUCGAGAUGCCAAUGGAAGACUGGUUUUUGCUGCCUACAAUCGCAUCGGUAGAUCUUCAGUUCCAAUUGCUGAAGUGGUGGCUUUGAGAGACGGCUUACUCAAAGCAAAGGAGAAGAGACUCACUAAUGUUAAAGUGGAAGGAGAUUCCAAGCUCAUGAUAGAUGCAGUGAAUGACCGCUUUGAACCACCUUGGAGAUUGAUCAAACUAGUGGAUGACAUUAGAACUUUAGCUACUAGUUUGGAUUCUAUUAUUUUUACGCAUGUGUUUACGGAAGCUAACUUUGUAGUUGAUGUUAUAACUAACCUUGGGCAUGCAUGUGAUUCACCUUUGUAUUGGAAUUAA